AUGAAGAACCAACUCGCCCUCUUGUCUCUGGCUACGCAAAUUACCGCUCUUGCCGCUCCUUCUCUCUCUAACAGAGGCGAAGAUAUUGUCGGCGGGCAGACUGUCAAAAUUGAAGAUUUUCCUUAUCAAAUCCAAAUGCUGAGAAACGGCAAUACGCACUGCGGUGGCACUGUUGUUAGCGAUCGCUUCGUCGUAACCGCCGCCCAUUGGUGUGAUUGGCCCGGGGACACCUUCUCUAUUCUUGCUGGUAGUGGCGAAAAAGGGAAAGUACGACGUCCGACAACUUCCUACGAUGCUUGCGUCUUGGAGGUUACGCCUUUGGCGCUGGGACCGACCGUUCAGCCAGUUGCUGUCACUAAUGUCGAGCCUGCCGUUGGCACAGACACAAUUGUCUCUGGAUUUGGUUUAUUGUACAAGGAGCACCCCAGCUAUCCUAAAUAUCUCCAGGUUGUCCAUGUCCCCAUUAUGGACCGUGAUGUUUAUGUAAAGCAGUACCAGGUUGCCGGUGACAACAUUACAGCCGACAUGAUCUGCGCUGGUCUCCCAGAGGGUGGGAAGGACUUCUGCAAUGGUGACAGCGGUGGCCCACUGAUUGCCAACGGCAGCUCGCCGGUAUUGUCUCAUCUGGCAUCGGCUUUACGGAGCCCGACUACGGUGGCGUGUACUCAAAUAUCGCUGACACUGAGAUACGCUCCUUUAUUAAGGAAAUUACUAGUCUUUGAAGAGAGGCAACUCUUCGAGAUUUCUGACACGAAUACAAUGCUAUCUGAUAUCAAACUUGGGUUCAUUUGA